AUGAAAGCGGCGGAGAACACGAAUAUGUGGUUAAUAGCGAACGGUGUGGACAUGGGGUCAACCACUAUGAUAGGCGAUGCGGUCAGGGAUUACGUGACUGAAGCCAAGUAUAAGAAAGGCGUUGAAUAUGAGAAGUCGUUCUCGAAAUUCAAUUUCAUUGGUAUUGCAGACGAAGAGACGUUGAAAUACUCGCAGACAAUCGUUUCCAGUCAAGAGGUGAUCCAUCCAACAAUUAUGGUCUCAACCGGACCGGAGAGUCGAGUGAAGCCAGAAAAGUAUGAACUCAACCAAAAUCUCACACAUUAUAUACUCAUCAAAGACGAGACCACCAAUAAGUCGGGCGUGAAUUCAUUUCUCAUUAAAUUCAUCACAUUUUUGGCCCAAAAUCAAAGUCAAACGCUUAAAGCGAAACAGAAGCUCAUGGAUGGACAGACAGAUGAUGACAAAGACUUGGUGUCUAUCGAGAGAAACGAAAUCCCCGUCGUUUCCAUUGUAAUCAAAGGCGGAUAUAAUAGCUCUCGACUUGUAUUACAACAAAUCAAAAACAGUUUGCCUGUUGUUGUGCUGCGAGGGUCGGGAGGUUUGGCUGAUCUGUUGGCGUUUGUUGACAACGAAAUCCGUGACCGAUGUAUGAAUGUAUGGAACGCCGAUUUUGUCGAGACAUACCUCAAGCCGGAGCUGACCAUCAAAAUCAUUGAUACCAAAGGGUUUAAUCCCUGGUUAAAUAACGAAACGCUAUCAUUGUUUCGAUCAAAACAGCCCAAACAUCCCGGGACUGAGGUGACACCGGCCAACCUGACCACCGCUAAAGACUUGAAUCUAUGUGUCGACUGGAGCUGUCCAGAGGUGGCCAAACAGGAAGUGCUGUCAAUUCUGGGAUGUAAACAUAAUUCGUCAUUCUUUCAGACGGUGUGUUGGGAGACAAUACUCGGCCGAUCGCCCGAUGAAAGACAGAGCAGUAAAACAUUUAUAAACCGUGAGCUCAAUUGGUUGGUGGAGGCGAGCUCAGGGGUCUCCAACUUCUUGGAAGAGGAUGAGCUCGACAUGUAUGUCACCCAACAGUUCAUAUGCUCAGAGAAAGUGGCCGAAAAAAAAUCCCUCUUAUUAAACCACAACACCCGUCAGGAGCUGAAAGCAUUCCUAAACCAGGCGCAAAAAACCGCGGUAACGCUAGUUGGGUAA